ACAGACCCUGAUUGGAACUUUUCAAUCAACAAGCGAGUGUUAAAACAAGACUCUUCUAUUUUCGAGUCCCAGUAAAAAUUUUAGCUGCAAAUAUUCAGACCAUUGUCCUUGAACAAAGGAUUUUUGUAGCAAACUCCAUUGUACCGUACCACUUUAUUUUGAUGAAGUAUAAACUGACGUAUUGAUGAAGGCUAAUUUAUUGCUUUGGACAUCGUGCGCGACUUGAUCUUGAUCGUGUUUGUUAUUUGCAAUCUGUGUUUUUUAAUUCAGCCAGAUCCUCAUCAUCCUGUUUGCAGUGCAUGUUCUUAUAAACAUUAACGUCAAAAUGAGUGCUGAAGCAGAUGUUAUAGAACAACCUGCUAAGAAAACUAAACAACAGCCCUUGCAUUCUGAUACUACAAUAGAUAAUACAACAGCUUCCAACUUUAGGCACAUCAAAGUCGGACAUUUUCACCUGAAAAUCAAGGUUGACUUCUCGAAGAAAGAACUCGCAGUGAAGGAGGUGAUUGAUAUCAAAUGUUUGCAGAAAUGUGAUGAAGUUAUUCUAGACAGCCAUGACAGUAUACAGAUUUCAAGCAUCGUUGAGAAGUCUUCCGCCGAUGACACUGAUCUCCAGUACGAGGUAAAGCCUUUCACCAGCUAUGGAGCUGCUCUUCACAUCUGUCGAGCCUGCAGUGAGGUCGGAGAAGAGUUCCAGAUUGAGGUCACAUACACAGUAGGAAAAGCUCCUGGACUAUGCUGGCUAGACCCUAGUCAGACUGCAGGGAAGUCCAAGCCAUACCUGUACACUCAAGGGCAGGCCGUCUUGAAUAGAUCCUUCUUCCCUUGCAUCGAUACACCAGCAGUCAAAUCAACGUAUUCUGCAUCUGUUCAGGUCCCAUCAGGCUUUGCUGCAGUGAUGAGUGCAGACCAAUGGGGUAAGGACAUCAAUCCAGAUAUCUUCACUUUCCGUAUGAACCAUCUCAUUCCUAGCUACCUUGUGGCCUUGGCCGUUGGUGAUAUCGCUUCGGCCCAGAUAGGACCUAGGAGUAACGUCUGGACAGAACCCUGUCUUCUGGACAAAGCACAGGCAGAGUUCAGCGUGGUCGUGGAAGACUACAUCUCCACCGCAGAACGUCUCUUUGGACCAUACGUGUGGGGGCGCUAUGACAUUCUGGUCAUGCCUCCGUCGUUUCCUUUUGGUGGGAUGGAGAAUCCAUGUUUGACCUUUGUGACCCCAUGCCUCCUUGUUGGUGAUAAAUCACUCACAGAUGUUGUCAUGCAUGAAAUUGCCCACAGCUGGUUCGGUAACCUGGUGACCAAUGCAACGUGGAGUGAUUUCUUUCUGAACGAGGGCUUCACCAUGUUUGCCCAACGUUGCAUCAUCGAAGAAGUCCUAGGUGAACCGUACAUGUGCCUGGAGGCUGCGACGGGGAGGUCGCUAUUAAAGCAACAAAUGACAGAUGCAGGAGAUGAUCAUCCGUUGAACAGAUUGCGUGUGGUAAUCGACAAGGGAAUUGACCCAGAGGAUACAUAUAACGAGGUCCCGUAUGAGAAGGGAUUCGCGUUCGUAAGCUACCUGGCCAGUCUGGUCGGUGGGAGGUCAAAGUUCACAGAAUUCCUCAAGUCAUAUUGUCAUCAAUUCAAGUUCAAGAGCAUAGUUGCAGAGGAUCUGUUUGAUGCUUUCCUUGACUUCUACCCUGAGCUUCAAGAGCAAAAGAUUAAGGAUAAGGAAGGAUUUGAAUUUGACCAAGUCUGGCUGAACGGCACCACAUGGCCCCCCUAUGUCCCUGACCUGUCAGCCGGCCGGACGUUGAUGGACCCAGCGGAGGAACUUGCCAGCUACUGGCUCUCGUAUCAUAAAGAGAAAGACAACAAAGAUCUUUCACUGGACAUCUCAGAGUGGAAGACGUAUCAAGUUCUCCAUUUCAUAGACCAGUUGGUAGAAGCAGAAGAGAGCAUACCCCAUGAAACGCUCCAAGAAUUUGCUAAAACCUACCCUCAGAUACAGGAUACUCAUAACGCUGAGAUUCGAUUAAGAUGGUCACAAGUCACAAUAAGGAGCGACUUUUCAGACGACCUUCCAAAUGUCAAAGCUUUCCUUAUCGCACAAGGCAAGCAGAAGUACACUGUCCCCAUCUAUGCUGCCUUGAUGAAAGGUUCGACGAGAAUGAAAGACUUUGCCGCAGAGAUGGCCGCGCUGACCAAAGACCAACUCCACGUUAAUGUUAGAAAAUAUGUUGAGAAAAUGGUCAGUGUAUCAUAGCCACAUGUCUUUCCUGUUCGUAAAUAAGACUUUAUUUUUUAUGAUUGAGAAUUAAAUUCCUGUGUUUUGUUCCAAUGAUGGACGUUAAUAUUUUGGUCAGCAUGCAUGGAGAACAAAUCCUCCCUACUGCAGAUCUAAAGGUCAACACUGAAGGGUGAUAUUUUCUAAAUAUCAACUUGGCAAAGCUGCAUUUAGAGCAUGUUCACAAGUUCCCCCACAACAACAACAACAAAAUCUUUUCAAGCCAAGACAAUGCAAGCUACAAAUGCUACUUAAUGCUUUGUAUUUAUAAGGAAGGUUUAUGAAACCUGAAUAGUAUUUUGUGAAAUAAGGUAUUUCUUUCUUUGCACAGCUGUGAAAUACUUCUAAUAGAUUAGAAGGUAUCAGACCUUGUUUUGUCUGAGCCCUUAACGCUGAAUUACCUUAGUACUAGUAGUACAGUAGUACACGUAUAUGCGAUCUGUUUUCUGCCUCUAAUUAUGUUAAACGUCAUAUUUAGGAUAGAAACAUUUAAAUCCUAUGAGUUUUUUUCUUUCUUUUACUAAUAUCUUUAUCGAUGAUAUUUAGUGUAUUGUGCUUAUUGUACCAAUGAACACAUGAUGCACACAUAUCUGCCGUACUUUGGCAAAAGGAAGCUAGUUGCAAAAGUAUCAUUUGUUGUAAAUGAGCAAUGUGUGUUCGUCAUUUACAUAGGUGUCAAUGCAAUUUAACAGCAUUUCUUCAAUAUCUUUCCAUAGAACGGUAAUUUCGUCCCCAAAUUUUGCCUGAACGUGCAAAGGGUGUUUCAGAAACAAUAACUCAAAUUUGACUGAUGUGUCACUUGCUUCCUUUUGCCAAAGUUGGGCAGAUAUUUACUCAUGUGGGAUUUUUCUUUUAAUCAAGAGCUAGAAGUGUAAUGAACCCAUUUCUUGUGAAUGAAAUAUGCAAUUUUCAUAGUUUUUUUUUUACAAUGUGGAUAUUUCAGUUGUAUCAAUCAAUGUUCCGUUUUGAUAAUUUUUUUUUUUGGGGGGGGCAGGAGCAGGGGUGGAUCCAUGGGUCCGAGGUGGACCUUUUAUUGCAAUGGCGUUUACUAUGCUAAUAAUGACUGUUGAUCUCUUAUGUUUUUUGUUCUUUAUUUCUUGCUUGGCAGAGAUUUUUCUAUACCGCUUCCCCUCCCCCACCUCCCAUCUCCUCUAUUGAUCAGUCCUGGAUCCAGGGGGGGGGGCACAGGGGGCGCACGCCCCCCCUAAAAAUAAAAGAAAAGUAAAAGAAAGAAAAGGCGCCGCUUAAAAAAAUAAAAAUAAAGGAAAGAAAAGGCGCCGCUUAAAAAAAUUAUACACUGAUAUAAUAUUAGCAACAGUAAAGGAAAGACUAUCCCCCAGCAAAGACUUUACCCCUUUUUCAACAUUUUCUUUUAUGGCGCCGGUGGAGUGCAAAAAUAUGUGCGCCGCUCGGCAGUACGCCCCCCCUUUCGCCAAAAGCUCCGCCUAUCGGAUCCAUCCCUGUUUUGGGGGUAGAGAAAAUUGUGAUUAUUUAUUUUUUAAGAACCACUGAAAUCAUGUAAUAUUUUUUUGUAAAAUGUCCUACACUGUUAUCAAUACUUGUAAUUAAAGUCAUGAUACUUUUCUAUCAUUCUCCGAACCAUAAAAAAAGUCAUUUUGGUAGAACAGGACACAUCGUGUGCUCUCUUUAAUUAGAUUAAAGUAUUUUUGUAAAAUUCCUAUACUAUUACUACUACUUUGAAUAAAAGUCAUAAUACUUUUGUAUCAUUCUCUGAACCAUGAAAACAAAAGUAAGUACUUUUCUUAGAACAGGAUACAUCAUGUGCUCUCAUACUCAGUAUUUUUGUAAAAAAGGCAAAUGAAAGGGUUAAUUAAAUCUUUCAGAUAUUUGUGUUGAUGAAUCGCAAAUAAACUUCAGGAUGUGACAUCCGGUAAUCUUUUAUUACUUUUCUGUUAUCCCUGUUAUUUGAUGAAAAUCUCUCCUUUUGUAGUAACGUAGUUAGUUCAAUGUUUGUGUGUACCUCAUGUUGGGUAUAACUUGUUUGAAUAAUUAACUCUUCAUCUCUAUAAGAGUAGACUUUGUGUUAUUGGUGUGCAAAUUCUUCAGAAAUUGAAAGUUCUUGUAUCUGAAAAUUUGUCCAGUUACAUGUAUAUGCUCAAGACUGGGAAGAUUAGAGAGAAGGAGGUUAUUUUGUUUAGUUUUGAUUUUUUUUUCAUGUUCAAGUAAUGGCUAAAGACAAGAACAACAAAAUACAUAAUGGUAUGAGGCUGAUAAAUUCUAACCUCCAAAUCUUACUUCCAAGGCACAAUAUACAUCGUCUAUCAUGGCAUAUGACAACUAGAGGCAUCAUGGUAUGUGCGUGUAAUCCAAGCUACAUGGUGAAGUUGUGAAUUGAGGCAAAGGUUUAUGGUUCAGUCCUUGGUUACGGCUAUCGGAUGGUAAAGCUGAAGGACGGUCCCAGAAGUAUUGUAAUAUCAGAUUGAUACAUGUCUGUAACAAAUUCAGUGACACAUAUUUUAUGUUUCAUGCCAAGGGGGGGGGGGCACUCAAAUUAUAUUUUGAUGGGGGUGUGCCUCACAAAACCCUGAAAUGGGGGUCUAAGGAAUUGACCACAAGGGUAAAAUACGGGCUCUUUAUUGGGUUACUAAAUAUUAUAUACCAGGCGGUGUGUGAAAAACGGUCUACAGAACGGGAUCGCGGUACAGUAGGUACGGUGCACGCUAGCGUGGUGCAUGUAUAUGCAGGUGCUAGUGGAGGGAGUUGUGAAGCCAUGCGUGCAGCCCUCGCAUGCUAUGCUCGCGCUGGAUAAUUUUGGCAGGGCUUGGGAACUGAGAUGUUUCGUUACGGGUUUUGUGAGUGGGGCGGGGCAGCUUUUUAAUGGAAUUUUUUUCAUUCGGAGUAUCUAGAGAACUGAAAAUUAGGUCUGAAAAAGGGGGGUCACCAAAGCAGCAUGUCCCCGCACCCCCCGGGUUUCAUGUACAUAAGAGUGCAGUAAACAGUUCCUGCUGAUAUUUUGCCUAUAACACAAACACUAAUUCACUAAUAGAUACAGUACACUUACGGCCAUACAUUUCAUGCCCAAGAAAAAGGGGAGAAAAGAAAAGGAAAGGAAAAAGCGGGUUGAAAUAUAUCAUAUUCUGAAGAGCACAGGUAUGUCAAAAUCUAUCAAGAAAUAAUCUUUGUCUGGCCCCCUCAUAUUUGUUGGGUCAUUACGCUACUGUCGGGCACUCCACAAGUUUUGGCACUCCAUACCAUAUUGGCCUCUUAUCUGAAAGCUCUAAUAGAUGUGUUGUUUCUGUUUAUUGAAUGCUUUACAAAAGAACAUUAUUAUUGAAAUUGUAUCAUAUUAAACCUCAUUAUGACACAAAAUUGUUGUGAUGCAAACUUGUUUGUUUGUAUGGGAUGAGUGUAUGUUUAUCAUUGAUUAAAAUCAUGAAUUAAAAUAAACACAACACCAAUCAUGUUUAGCUUGUUUGUGUUAAUGCUCUGCCAAUGUCUGUAUUUCAUCCAAAGAUGUGUUUUAGUAUAAUGAGAAACACUUAUUGGAUCUAUGGAUAUUAAAUGUGGUGCGUUAAUUUGUGUCACAGAGGAAUUUAUCAUGGUACUUUACAAUAAUCUGUAGCCUGAAAUAGUCUGAAGUAUAAUGAUUAUUAUUAAUUUUUGUUUAUCUAUUUAUUAUUUUUUUUGUAAACAUUCCACUUUGCAAUCAUAUGAUCAAGCUCUCCUAAACAAUGAAAAAUGCAUGAUACGUCUAUUUGUUUAUUCGUUUGUGCAAGCUUCAACUGAAAUCGCCCUGCAGUAUGCUCAAUAUGAUUUUGAAUAGAAUAAAUGCACAUUAAUCUCUGUCCGG